GAAGAAGGUAGAUGUCGGUACGGUUUCUACGCAUAAGAGCGGAAUGAAUAAAUAACAUUUAAGCAUAUUGAAAUCCGAAAGAAGCAAUACGAGCAAAGUGCAAAGUAUAUUAGUUAACGGUAAAAUGCAUGAAACAAGAAGCAACGCGCUUAUGUCUUCCUUGUAAACAACAACAGCAUGAUUUAGCAAAUGGAAUAAGCAAUAAAGACUUUUAUCAAAGUUUGAGAGUGUACAGCAUCGAAGCAACGAGUAAAGCAAGCAGGCGGUGCUUAUAAUACCAAACCCUCUAAAUCCACAAAAAAAAAUACAACAGUUUAUACAUUUCAAAGCUUUGAGAACUUUGCCUAAAAACAAUUUUCUAUUAAACACGUUUUACAACACUUAACUAACGGCGCUUGCCAUGGAACGCAGUGAUGUGGAACACAAUUGUUGCUGGAAUGGGAAUGCAAAUAGUUUCAAAUGAAACUGGAGAACGCGAGGCAACAACAACAACAACAACAAAAUAGAAGAGAGAGCCGCUUGAGUCAAGCGAAAAUGUUGUCAAUGUCACACAGUGGGGAAAAUGCAUCGUUUUCUUAAUAUACAACAAAAUAUUAAAUUACGCAACUAUCAUCAGUUACUUUUAUAUUUUGUUGCUACAAAGUUGGCUGCCACUGCCACUGCUGCUGGAGCUAGAGGGCCUAAAGGUGGAGGCGCAGACGCAGACGAAGACGGCAAUCGCUUGAGAAGAAGAAGAAGAAGUGGACGCAGCAGCAGCAGCAGAAGAAGCAGCAACAACAAUAACAAAGUAACGAUCGCAACGUAACCGUGACGCACAGCUGAGAAACGAGAAUCGAAAGUUGAUUUGAAUUUGUUUUCGUAGCCCCCAAUCAUCAUAAAUAUAUUAUAUACACAUAAAGAAAACCCAACGCUGCCACUGUUCCUAAGACAACAAAACAAAUAAGAAAACAACAACAACAAAGAAGAAGAAGAAGAAAUAUCUAUUAACGUAAUUUUAGCAUAACCCUAACGUAAACGACGUAGUUGUAACAUAACAUUAAACGCCACUCAACACUGCUCCUAUGCCAACUUUUUUGAUCAUCAACAUUCACUCACUCACUCAAUCAAUCGUCAAUGCAUACGCGCAUAUGAACAUAACCUCACAUCGCUCAUAUGCCCAUGGAGAACAACAACAUUCAAUCAUAACACUGAACAAUUAGACAAAAUAUAUAGAAGAAAUCAAAUCAAGAGAAGAGCGACGAACGUUUGCCCGCUGCUAACGCUGGCAAAUUGAAAAGUAUGGCAACACCGCAAGUCAAAGACUUGGUGUUACGCUCGCCAGCCGGCUCAUCCGAUCUUAUCACAUUCGCCUGGCCACUGCAAGUUGGACAUGGACAGGAUAAGCACGACAAUGGCAUCGAUAUACUCGAUACCAUCAAAUUCGUCUGCGAUGAGCUGCCAUCGAUAUCAUCCGCAUUCGAGGAGAUUAAUCUCAAUCACAUUGACACUGCCUGCUAUAAGACUAUGACAAAUCUUGUCGAUCGCUUCAAUAAGGCUGUCGACAGUAUUGUUGCAUUGGAAAAAGGAACUUCACUGCCCGCCGAGCGUUUGAAUAAAUUCGCUCAUCCUAGCCUACUAAGACACAUACUGCAAUUAGUUUACAAUGCUGCUGUGCUCGAUCCGGAUAAGCUCAAUCAGUACGAGCCCUUCUCGCCGGAGGUCUACGGCGAGACGUCCUACGAGCUGGUGCAGCAGAUGCUUAAGCAUGUCACCGUCAGCAAAGAGGACACCUUCAUUGAUCUCGGCUCCGGCGUGGGCCAGGUGGUGCUCCAAAUGGCCGGCUCGUUUCCGCUCAAGACCUGCAUUGGCAUUGAGAAGGCGGACACCCCAGCGCGCUAUGCCGAACGCAUGGAUUUAUAUUUUCGCCAGUACAUGGGCUGGUUUGGCAAACGCUACUGCGAGUACAAACUGAUCAAGGGCGAUUUUCUGGUGGACGAGCAUCGCGAGAAGAUCACCUCGUCCACGCUGGUGUUUGUUAACAAUUUUGCCUUUGGACCCACUGUGGACCAUCAGCUGAAGGAGAGAUUUGCCGAUCUGCGCGAUGGCGCGCGCGUUGUCUCCUCCAAAUCGUUUUGUCCGCUCAACUUUCGCAUUACCGAUCGCAAUCUGAGCGACAUUGGCACCAUUAUGCAUGUGAGCGAAAUUCCGCCAUUGAAGGGAUCUGUCUCAUGGACCUGCAAACCGGUUUCAUAUUAUUUGCAUGUGAUCGAUCGCACCAUAUUGGAGCGUUACUUUCAACGUCUGAAAACCAAGGGCGGUGAUCAUGAGCACUCGGGCACUGCGCGCACUACACGCGAUCGGGCCAAGCGUGAGGCCAGCACUGUGCACCACAGCAGCAGCAACAAUCACAACAACAACAACAAUCACCAUCAUCAGCAGCAGCAGCGUCAGGAGCGCCAGGAGCAGCAGCAGCGUGAGCGUGAACGCGAGUUGCCCAACGGCUCGAAUGGGCAGCGACUUAAGUCGGAGUCGCCUGCUAAUGUUGGCAUAGCUGCUGCCUCCAAGACGCGUCAGCAGGCACAGGCGAGCGCGCAGCAGCAGCAGCGCAGCCUGGACAUGGAGACGAGCACGGAGAGCGACGGCGAUGGCGAGACAACGCAUGGCAAUGGCCAUAGCCAUAGCCAUAGCGGCGGCAACACCACAACGGCAACCAAUACAACGAGCUCCAAUGGGCCGACGACGCGCAAGGUGUGGUCGGACUGGUGCAGCUCCAAGGACAAGAGCUCGCAGUCGGACGACGAGGAGAACAACAACAGCAAUAGCAACAGCAAUCAGGCGUCGCGUCUGCCACGCGCGGCGGCGCUGCAGAAGAAGCGCAAGAAGCUGACGCGCAAAGCGGCGAUUGCCAGCAAGUCGGCGGCGGCAGCAGCAGCGCAGCGUGAGGCGGAAGCGGAGGCGGAGGCGUCGACGCAUGCGAAUAGCAAGGACUCGAGCAGCAAGGAGGAUCAGCCACGUGCAGCCAGCGCAGGCCCUGGACGCAAGGGCCGCUUGAAGAAGGGUCAGCGUGGACGCAAGUGCCUGAAGAUCGUCGGCCUGGAUGUGCUGCAUAAGCAAACUGUGUUGAGCACCUCGCUGGACAGCAUGGCCAAGAAGCUGCCCGCGGCGCCCGGCACUGUGGACCAGCAGCUGACGUCGCUGCUCACCGGCGACAUGUCGCAUCGCGAGCUGGACAUACCCACUGCGCCACAGGAUACGCCGUAUGCGCUGCAAAUCUUGCUGGAUGUGUUCCGUGCCCAGUACAUGACCAUGAUUGAUCAUAUGCGCUCCAGCGCGUAUUUGCCGCAGGUGCAGAAGCAAAUUGCGCAGGAGCAGGAGCGCAUGGUGCGGCUCAAGAAUCGCGCCAAUCAGCUGGACAAGCAGAUCAAGGUGCUCAUCGAUGACAGCGUGACGCUGCUCAAGGUGCGCAUGAACGAGCUGGGCAUCAAUGUGAACUCGCCCAACGAUCUGAUUGCCCAGGCCAAGGAGAUUGUGGGCAGGCACAAGGAUCUGCAGCAUGCGGUGAGCAAGAUGCGCAACGAGGUCACCGUCUACGAGAACGAACAGAAGCUGCUGCUGAGCAAGCACAUGAAGCAUCUGCCCGAGUAUCAGAAACUCUGCGGCGCCAGCAACAUGGCCAAUGGCAAAAUCAAGCUCGAGCUGCCCCAAGAGCUGUCCGAGACGGCAGCGCAGGAGCUGGUGCUCAAGGAGAUUGCCAAUACGCUGAGCCAGCGCAAGAAACUGGUGGCCCAGGUGUCCACCAUCGAGCAGGAGACCAGCUCGCUGCAAAAGUCAGCGGACGAGCGCAGCACGGCGGCGGCGCUGCUAGCCCAAGGCACAAAUAUAAGCGUGGCCAAUACAGCGAUAGCAGCAGCUCCCCCCAAUCCAGCGCCAGCUGCAGUGCAACAAGCUUGCAACAAAUUGUCGGCAGUCAAGUCAACAUCACGUCGCAGUCGCGAGCAUCGUGCGCGCAGCCAGGAGUGGCCCGAAGUGCCCGAGGUGGGCAAGAUUCAAGAGAGCAAUCCUGAGGUGCUGGCGCAGAAGAUACUCGAAACCUGUCGCCAGGUCGAGGCGGGCAAGUUCCAAGCGCCGCCUGUGUGCAAUGCCAUUAGCUAUGCCGUCAAUGGCAAACAGGCCAAGCUGGAGCCCAAGCCGGAGCUCAAGUCGCCGCUCAUAUACAAGGACAGCACGCUGAUGCCGGCGCCCAAGCAGCAGCAACAGCAGCAGCAACUGCUUCCCAAGUGCGAGCUGCCGCUGGGUCUGAGUCGCAGCAAGCAGGAGUCGCCCAAGGUGGCAAACUUUGAGGAUCGCCUGAAGAGCAUUAUCACCUCAGCGUUGAAUGAGGAUCAGGAGCAGCGCAGCAAGGCGUUGCCUGCAGUGGAGGUCAAUGCGGCGCCUGUUAACAAACGCAGCAAACCGAGCAGCGCCAACAACUUCAACAACAUUAUAACGGUAUCCACGCAGGGGCUGAUGCAUCUGAAUGCCAACACCACCAUCUCGCCUGUAACGCCGCCGCUGCCCGGACCCAGAGCAGCAACCGCCGCCUCAACGGCGCCGCCACCGCCAGCCAAUCUGCCCUACGGCAGCGCCUACAUGAGCAGCAAGCCGCAGCCACAACACAAAUAUAACCAAACGUCGCUUAUUAAGGAGUCCAAGUAUGCGCCGCCGCCGCCGCGCGCAGCGUCAGCAGCACCGCCGGCACCACCACCGCCGCCGCCACCGCCAGCAACAUCCGCGGCCAGCGCCCACAUGGCCACUUUAUAUGGCAGCGCAGCGGCAGCGGCCACGCCCGCUGAUCUGGGCUAUCAUCGGCGACGCGCCUCGGUUAGCACCAAUAGCUAUGAGCACUUUAUGGCGCAGCAGCAGCAGCAGCAACAGGCGCUCAUGAUGGCGCACAUGACGCAGCAGCGACUGCAGCAGCAGCAACAACAACAGCAACAUGCGCAUCAGCAACAUGCCCAACUGCCGCAUCAUCAUGCGCAUCAUCAUCAGCAGCAGCAGCAGCACCAUCAAGAGUUCAAGGCGCCCGCCGAGCAGCUGCUGCAGCGCUCCAGCAGUCGCGAGCAGCUCGUGGAGCAGCAACAGCCGCUGGAGCUGCUGCCACGCGCCAGCAGCGCCAAUUCGGACUAUCCCGGCUAUCGCGUCGAGCGUCUGUCUGUGCGUCCGCCCAGUCGUCCCAGCUCCAACUGCUCGCAGCCGGACUACACGCAAGUGUCGCCAGCCAAAAUGGCACUGCGUCGUCAUCUGUCGCAGGAGAAGCUCAAUCAGCCGCCGCAGGCGUUGGCCACGCCGCCACCGCUGCCCACAACAGCGGGCAAGACCAUUGGCGAUCUGGUCAAUGGCGAGAUUGAGCGCACGCUCGAGAUCUCACAUCAGAGCAUCAUCAAUGCCGCUGUCAACAUGAGCACGGGCUCUGGAGCCGGCAGCAGCGGGAGCAACAGCGGCGGCGCGCAUUAUCUCGAUCGCGCAUUUCCCGCCGAGCGAUUGCUCAUCAAUCUCAAUGCGCAGCGGCCGGAGCGCGUGCAUGUGCGUCCACUGAACGAGGAGGCGUCCGCACAGUCCGCACAAGCGCAGCCCACCAACUACAGCCAGACGCCAACGGAGAAUAGUUUGGCCACGCUAGCGCAUGUCGCGUAUGCUCAGAAAUCCCAACCAGGAGCUAACAACAAGCAUGCCGCACGCUCUGGGCGGGACUAUCAGCCAGUGGCGCUGCCACGCGCCGAGAUGAAGGGCUGCAUUGAGGCCUAUUUCCAUGAGGAGCACUCGAAGUCCAAGAGCGGCAGCAGCAGCAACGUUUUGCGCACGCCACGCCUCAAUGGCGCCAAUCCACCGCUGGAGGGACUCGCCGCCUCGCUGCAGGAUCAUGUGCGCGCUCGCAAGUACAAGGAGGAGAACGAGGAGCGUCAAAGACGCGCCGCAGCAGCAGCAGCAGCAACAUCAUCAGCAUCUUCAACAACGCUGGAGCUGACGCCAGUGCCGGCUCAAGCGCCGCAUUAUGCGCAUCAGGCGCCACCUGCUCAUAGCUAUCAUCAUCAUCAGCAGCAGCAGCAGCAGCAACAUGCAGCUCAUUUGAAUGGCACGCCGCAUAAAGUGGAGCUGGGCAUCAAGCGCAGCUCACCGCUCGCCUCGCAUCAGCAGCCCACGCGUCCGGCCAAGUUGCCGCACUUUGAGCAGCAACAGCCGCUGGCUCAUGCUCAUUCACACUCAGCAGCAGCUCAUCAGCAUGGCGCUGCACUGUAUGUGAAUGGCGCACAGGCUUUGCCGCCGCCAGCACAUGAUGCCACAACGCCCUCGCCAACGCCUUCGUCCUCCUCCUCGUCGUGUGGUCGACGCAGCAAGCUGCUGGUGGAGCCACCGCUGCUUAUGAGUCCCGAAAUUAAUUCGCUAAUGGGCGAUGAGCGUCCGUUGCAGCUUUCGGCCAGUCAUCAUCAUCAUCAUCAGCAGCAGCAGCAGCAGCAGCAUCAUCAUCAUCACAGCCACCAGCAACAGCAGCAACAUGUUCAGCAGCAGCAGCAGCAGCAACACUCAUUGCGUGCAACACAUCAAAGCAGCCACAGCCACAGCAUCACGCCCACAAUGCGCUCCCAUGCACCAGACGAUGACGAUGUCAUCACUGCCGACGAUGAGUCGCAUUGGCAGCAUCGCGUUAGCUCCGGCUUUGACCGCCUGGUGGCCUUUGCCAGCACCGAGCUGGACAAGACUCGGCGCUCCAUUGACGGCGACACUGUGCCAGCCUCGAUCAGCUGCAAUACAUCGCCAGACUCUGGCAUUACGCACAGCAGCAGCAACUCGGAUGCGGCGCGCACCUUUCUGUCCACCUCGUCCAGCUCCUCGCAGCUGGAUCUGCCCAUUAACAACAGCAACAGCAGCAGCAGCUCCAACAGCCUGUACGCCAGCCAAGUGCAUAAUCUAAGCCAUCAUCAUGCACAGCAGCAGCAGCCACAACAACAACAACAACAGCAGCAAAAGCAGCAGCAACAGCACUUGGAUCAUUUGAGUGACAGCAGCAUGAAGUCCAGUGCAUCCUCGUCGAUGCAUGCAAGCAGCUCAUUGAAGACUGUCUCGCCAGUGGACUCGGGCGCCAUUGACUCGCCGCCGCUGUCUGAGAUGGGCCUGCCACGCACGCCCAGUCCCAACACUGCCAGCGUGGCUACGCCGCCGCUGGCUCAUGCGCCUUCCAUGGACAACGAGUUGCGCAUACCGCUCAAGUAUCAGCGCAAGUCCAAGAGCGGCUCGGAGAAGCACUACAAGAAGAAGUUCUGCGAGCGCAACUGGGAGUACGACUGCGAUGAGCUGUUGGCCUACUCCAAUCUGAGUGCGCCGCCCACAGCAGCUGAUGCUGCUGGCAAUGGACCCACAAUGGCAAUGGAUACGCCUGUUGUUGCUGCUGCUGCUGCCGCUGCGCCUUUGGCAGCUGUUAAGUCGGGCAAGUCGCCCAAGGAUAAGGCGUCGCCGCAUCACAGCGCUCAGGCUCAGGCUGGCGCUAAUGCCAGCUAUAAUCAUCACCACAAGUCGUCCAAGUUCAGGCCCAAGGGCAAGGACUGGGACUGGUCGCUGGACACCAGAAGCAAUGCCGAAGAGCCAAUGCCGAAUGGCAACGCAUCGGCCGCCACAACAUCGAGUAAUUAAUUUAGUUAAAUUUGCUGAACAGCGAUAGUUGCCACACCAACCAAACUCA